GUAUUAUUACAUAUUAUAUAUGUAGUACAAAGGCUAUCUGUGCGAACUCCCUCGCAGAACAGUAUAAUGUAUAUACAUACGUCUCUCUUGACACUAUAAAAAGACCGAAGAAAGAAAUGGCUGGUCAAUCUUACAAUGAUGCACUCGCAGGAAGGGGGAGUGAGAAUAUGGAUCACAUGGAUAUACAAGAUGAACACGUAAGCAAUACUAAUGGGCGUGCCCAUACACAUCCACACAUCGAUAAUGGAGAAGUAGGUACACAGAGUGAGAGAAUGGAUACAGGAGACGAAGUAAUGGACACACAUGAGGGAUUUUCGGACACUGAAAGUGAAGCAAGUAAACAAUCGGCACAGACGAGGAAUCCGAUCCAGACCGAGACAGCACAGGUGGAAGCUAUGUCAGCCAUUGUCGCUCAAUUGAAUACAAGUCUCAAGGCAACGCACGAGAAUAUCAAGAUGGUAUUUCGUCCGAUGUCCGAGACGGAAAAUCUGGUGGACGCUUGGAUCAACACUUUGGAGAAGGCGCAUACAUUCUCGACUCUGAUGCUACACCCUGAUUACAGACCAAACUCCGGUGCUUGUGCUUUACGACUCAACUAUUCUGCUCCUUUGUGGACAGUGAACCCUACUCCAUUUGUGGCCGGGACCAACAGUAACAGUAGUGGCGAUCGAUCGCGCUCGCAACUGAGUUCUUCGCAAAUACCGCAAUUGCCUCGGUAGCCAAACAUAUUAACUAAAUAAGCCUCAUCAACCAGAUGUAGUGCCGAAUAUUAAUGGACAGCUGAGUCAGUACGAAUAUGCGUUAGGGAAGUCGUUCGCCGAACACGCUCUGAGUGACGAAUGCUCCAUUCGGAUAAUCAAUUGAUGGGAAUUUCGGCCGAAACGCCAAUUCAUAGUAUGAGGUACUAAUUACCAAUCCAUACAGUAGGGAAUUGCCAUAACACGUUACCGACUUGAUUUCAACGGGCAUCGUGCACAUCAUUUGUAGAGAAUGUGAUGCAUGGAUUAAUGGAUGGUAA